AUGGACGGGAUACACGGGAUCGACGUAACUCCGGCUGGUCAACGUCAGGCCACCUACGAGUACGGAUAUGUACACGCAAAGCGAGAUGAGUUGGCCGCCGCGAGCGAGUCCAACAAACAUAUCGACUUGGACAACGCGGCCGGGAUCGGACCGCAGUUGCCCUUCCUCGAUCUAUCAGGAAAGAAAAGGAAAGCGGUCCGUCAAGUCCAGCCACUAUUCGAAGACAUACUGACUGAUGGAAGCCCUACGAAGUACACUACGCGGUACAUGCUAAGGAGGUGGGGCAGGCGGUGUUGGAGGUCGGGAUCGGAGACGUUUCAGCUGCCGCCGAGCCCGCAGCUGAAUCAUCUCCGCGAACUCCCGGCCCUGCCGAUCAACUUGACAACCGGACUGGGUACCAAGUCAUGUUUGGAUGGCACCUUCCUGCCGUGCUCACCAUGGAGAAAUUUACGGUACUGCCCCAACUACCUCAGGUACAUCAUUGUCAUGUGCCUGUACGAAGAAGUACGAAACACUGAACCCCCCUCUAUGUCAUCUUAUGGCGAGGCCGAGACCCCGAGUCGCAAAUGA